AUGCGACAUCAGCCGCCACGCACCUCCAUCGGCGGCGACGGCUCCCCGUCCCCCGCCAUCGUGCCAACACGCUCCUCCGGCUCCCGCCUUCGCCGGCGUCGGGCAGAUUCCCUCGCCCUACACCACCACCUCACCGACGCCAGCGCCGCCGCGGCCCUUUCCCCGCUGCUGAAGUCGAAGUACAAGAGCAACACGGGCGGCGGUGGACGGGUGAGCUACGGCCCCGGUGCGGGGGUCAUCGGCACCCACCUGGCGCUCCUCGGCCACGACGAGAAGAAGAAGGAGGAGACCGAUCGCGAUGAGAAGCUGGCGCAGCUGCAGCAGUCCGACCCAGGCCUGGAGGCAGCGGAUCACACCCAAACCGCACUGCGGAUGAAGGCCCAGUACGCGAGCUGCGGGCCCCGGCGCGUCCCAAAUGCCCUGCGCACCGGCAUGGACGGCGUGGCCGUCGCCGCCGCCGUCGACUCUUUCUAUACCGCCCCUUUCCUGCAGCUGGCCUGCCGAGAAGCAGCAGAGCGCGAAGUGGCGGCACGGCUGCGGGGCUACGUGAAGAAGAUGACCUCAAAGCUGCACACGGUGCGCGUGGAGGGCCUGAAGGAGGCGAUGUCGCAGUUGCUGCAGUGGACUACGCAGGCUUCCGUGGAGUCGACGGAGCGGCGUCGCGAGCAGCAGCAGCAGGAGGAGCAGGAGCAGCGUCACGUCGAUGCCCCUUACGAGCAGUACCCUGGUGCGUUGACGUUGCCUCCGUAUGAUGCGGUGCGUGUGGAGGUGCUCGGGGCCUCGUCCUCCCCCGCCGCUGGAGCCCACCACCAUCACCGUGCCGCUGCGCUUCCCUCUCCUCGUGGGGGAGGGGGAGGGGGGAGAGCAGAGGAGGUGCGGCUGGCGCGGGCGGCGAACGCGGCGCGAAGCCCGUCGUGGGACGUCGUCCAACAAGCCCUCGAAGGCGUCGACUACACGAGCGCCAUCUUCAACGCGAUCCUCAUCCCACGCUUGGAGGUGCGCAACGCCAUGAGCACCGGUGUGCCCAUCAGCAUCCAGCUGUCGAGUGAGAUGGCCUUGCAGUGGACGACGCUGCCCACUACACGCCACCCGGCGCCGAUGCCGCCGGCGGUGACCGCUGCAGCAGCAGCAGCGAAGGACGAGGCCUCACCCGGCAAGGACGGCCCGUCUACCCCGCCGCGCCCCAACGAGCUGCUACAGGCGGCAACGGCGAUCACCUACGAGGAGCAGGAGCUGGCUCUGCGUUACAUACAAGGGGCCUGUCUCACCCUCUACUAUCAGCGCCGCUGUUGCUCGGAAGGGUGCCUGGUGUACUACGCCACGGAGGUGUUUCAGUGCAUGCGCAGUCACGCCGAGGCCCUCUUCACGUGGCAGCGACGCGAGUUGGAGGAUCGCGAGCAACAGCAGCAACAGCAGAACGGUGGUAACAAAAAGAAAGGCAACCUCGGUGUGACCGUCGUCCCCCAGCCAACUUCCACCGCCGUCAACACAGUGGCGGUCGACCCGGGCCUCAUACGCGUUGUUGUCGCCCUCGUCGAGGCGGUGGAGGCGGCGUGCCACUACAAUCCUUCCUGUCUCCGGCGCCUGGUCCAAACCGGCGGGGUGACCGCGAUGCUGAACCUGGCCUACUGCCCCUUCAUGCCCACCUCCGUCCGCUCCGCCGUGCUGAGCGCCAUUAGUGUACUCCUGCAGGAGGUAAACCCACUACGGCGCUACGUAGCGGCGUCGAGUACGCCGGGCGAGGGCGGCUCGCUCGACCGCAGCGCAGACCCGCUGCUGCAACGCAUGGUGGAGAACGCGAUGCACGACAACCCCAUCGGGCACCACGGCAGGCAAAUCCCCUACUCGACCGAUCGCGGCAGCGCCUCAAAGUUCGACUCCGCCGUCCGCGACUGGUUCUUCGCAAACGGUCUCGGCAACGUCAUCCCUGCCGUGGCGCAGCUGCAGGACCUCCGCUCCACCUUUCAGUCCACCUCGUUUAUGGUCCCGCAGGGCAUGACGGGGGCAAGCAUGGGUGGUGUUGGUGGUGGUGCCAGCAGCGGUCAAGGCGGCGGUGGAGGCGGCCCUGGUGGUGGUACUGGUGGUUCUGCGGCUGGUGGUGGCGGCGGUGGUGGUGCGGUGGCUCCCCUGGCCGUUGCGAACGCGUCCGCCAACAUGUCCUUUGCCUCCAUCAUCGCCUCCGCGCGCCCGUCGCUGCACAGCCCGCUGACGGGGCGCACCUUCGGCGGUGGAGGAGGGAGCGGCGGUGUUGGUGUUGUGGGGGGCGGCCCCGGCAACGCGGUGGUGGGUGGCGGUGCGGGCGGUGCGGUCGCUGGUGGAACGGCCGCGGCGGCGGCGGUGGCGGCGGCAACGCACGCCAACAUGCAGCGCGAGGGCGAGUUGUAUCGUAAGCGGGUAGGGCGUCUUCUGGAAUGCAUGGACGGACGGGAACUGCGUUGA